GCUCCAUGACGUAGCUGAGGCGGGACGGCAGGUGAGCUGCGGGGCUGUGACGCCUGCCGGUGACCAAACCUCGCAGGUGCUUCGUUGCCAAGGCAACCCCUCGGGCGUCACCACGAAGAAGAUGGAGAAGGAAAAAGUCACAAUGAAAUCCACUGUUGCUGCUUCCAAUCUUCUGAGAGCACUCCAUUCUCUCUAUCAGUUCGGUCACUUCUGUGAUGUGACCAUUCUCACAGACUGUUCUGGAAGCCAAGAGGUCUUUUUUGUUCACAAAGCUGUACUAGCAGCUUCCAGCAACUACUUUAAAAGUUUGUUCCUCAAAGAUGAGACAUUGAAUUCCAAAAAUUGUAGUGUGAUGCUCCAGGAUGUUCGCACUGAAGAAUUUGUUGCCUUUCUAAAGUUUGUCUACACGACAGAAAUAGAGAUUGAAGUGGACAAACUACACCAGAUGAAGGCAGUCGCCAAAAGAUUGGAAUGCAGUGAUCUGCUUGAUGCCUUGGAAGAAGUAAAGGCUGGGGGCCAAAAGGAGUCAGGUUUGAGUGUUCAUCCUGAAAGAUCUCUGUGGAGUCAGGUGGAGCAAAAAGGGGACCAGGAACAGAGGAAUUCAUCCAACAUUUUGGCAACACCUACAAAGAGAAACCUUUGGGACAGAAAGAACUGUGUAAAAGUAUCAACCAGCUAUGACUUCCCUGAAAGUAAAUGUGAACAUUUGAACAAAGAUGAGAUAGGUCUUGGUGUACCUAAAGAUGAAAACGCAGCAUCUCCUGGACAUUACAAAGGAGAGAAACCCAAGGCUUUUGACGCAGGCAGUGUCACCCAGGAAGAGGAUAAACUUCUAAAUCAGGUGGACUUAACCUACAUAAUGAGCAAGGUGCUUCCUGGACAGGAAGAGGAUGAAAACAAUUUGAUUCCUAGUGGAACUAAGCUUAGAAAAUUGCCAAACAGCAUAUCCAAAGUGCUGCCACAACUGUACAUGUGUGACACAUGUGACCGCUCCUUCCGCUUCGCCAAGCAGUACCAGUCACACAUUGAACUGGAGCAUGGCCUGAAUCUGGCCAUUAAGUACAGCUGCCACAUGUGUGACCAGCUCUUUGCCAGCUGCCAAAACCUGAAACAGCACAGGCUCACCAUUCAUGGUGGUGAGCAAUGCUUCCCCUGCUUGCUGUGUGACAAAAAAUUUCAGUGCCAAAAAGACAUCAAUGACCACGUCCGGAGAGUGCAUGAAAAGAAGCCUAACCCUCAAAGAUGCCCCUAUUGUGACAAGGUUAUCAGCUCCAAAUGCGGCCUGACAGUUCACAUUCGGACACACACGGGAGAGAAGCCUUAUAAAUGUGGAUGUUGCCCGGCAAGCUUUGCUCAGAGGUCCACAUUUAAUACUCAUGUCAGAAAAAUACAUGAAUCAGGGCAAGAUUGUAAACUCCUGCCAGGUUGCUGGAUGGUAAUGCCACCAGCAGACAGGUUGGACGCGGCAGAUGGUAAAUUUGACAGUACUAAGAAAGCAUGUGUCAAAAUACCAAACACUGACCUGCAAAGAGAAUCCAAAGGUGAAAAAACCUGGGGGCUUGAGAAAGAGUCAAGGAGUUCUGCAAUAGAAGCAGAGUCUUGUGAUCAAGAGGACAGGCGGGGUCAACGUGAUGCAUCUGGCGCUGAAAGGGGAAAUGCUCUGAUGGCUUUCGAAGGAGAAGAGGGAGGAUAUCGUGAAACAGGAGUGCAUGACAAUAGAGAUCACGAGGCUCUCUCUUUAGGUGAUGACAAUGAUUGCUUCAAUGACCACCAGGCGGAAGAAGAAAAUGAAUUGGAUGACAAACACAAAGGGAGGACAGGCAAUAAAAACAAGGUGACAAAGAGAUCAGCCUAUGUUAUCACAUGCCAUGAAUGUGCUGAGACAUUUGCAUCGCGUAAAAAAUAUGUUGACCAUUGCAAAGAUGUCCAUCAUGCUUUGCCAGGGAAAGCAUAUCAGUGUGACAUUUGCAGCAAGUCCUUUGCCAGCUACAACAGCUGGAAGGAGCACCGAGCAUGUGUCCAUACGGAAGACAGGCAGUUUGCCUGCAUGCUCUGCAAUGCCACCUUUAAGAGAAAGAGGGACGUGAGGACACACUGUAUGCGGAAGCAUGAGGGGCGAGUGAAGCGUCCCCUGUGCUCUGUCUGCGGGAAGAUCUUGAGUUCGAGGACAGCCCUGGUAUUUCACAUGCGAACCCACACUGGGGAGAAACCAUACCAGUGUGGCAUUUGCUGUUCAAGAUUUGCUCAGCCAUCACAGCUGAAGAUUCAUACCAGGUCCCAUACAGGGGAGAAGCCAUAUAUUUGUGAGGACUGUGGAGCGUGUUUUGCAGACAAAGGCAAGCUGAAUGGUCACAAGAGGACACACACAGGAGAACGUCUUUUUAAAUGUGAUGUGUGCGGAAAACAUUUUGCCACCAAUGAAUACUUAAAAUGCCACAAGCGCUGCCACAUGGGAGCCAAGCCAUUUAAGUGUGACGUCUGUGGGAAAACAUUUGGACUGAGGGCCUCCUUAGCCCAACACAGCAAUGUUCAUGCAGAGACACCUCCUUAUUUCUGUGAGCAGUGUGGGAAGACCUUCACUCAGCAAGGAGCCCUGAGGCGUCACCAGCGAAUUCACACUGGAGAAAAGCCAUACAAGUGCAGGGCUUGCGAGAGAACCUUCACUGACAUGUCCACCUUGAGGAGGCAUGUUCUGGUCCAUGAUCGGAAUGCUCAUUGGAGAAGUUUCUUAAUAGAUCUUACUAUCAAAAAGGAUCAUAAUUGGUCCAAAAUAGAGACUUUGUCUAAUAUCUGCAUGGGGGAGGACUCCAGUUCACAUACCGUAUCAAUGUUGGCUGGGAGGUCAAGGUGGAGUGACAAGACUUUGCCCACAAAAAAAAGCUUGCAAAAGUCUCACAGCUGAUGGCCGGAUUCCUAACAUUUGGGGUUCUCAGUGAGAGAGGUUAAAGAUCUGAUUAUCCCAAACAAUUGUGCUGGGUGAGAGCUAGCAAAUGUGUGAGAGGCUGACAGAUCGCACCCAAAGAGUGCUUGUGAAUGGUUGCUCAUACCCUUGGAGAGAAGUGGCAAGUGGAGCGCCUCAAGGAUUUGUUGUGAAACCUGUUUUGUUCAACAUUUUUAUAAAUAAUGUGGAUGAAGCAAUAGAGAGAAUGCUUAUUAAAUUUGCAGAUGAUAUUAAAUCAAGAGGGGUUGCAAAUACAGUAGGGACACGAUACAGGAUGAUCUUGACGGGCUGGAAAACUGGGCUGUAACUAAUAAAAUAAUUUUAACGGAUAAA